CGGCAGGCACGUAUGCACAAGAGCUCCUGUACGUACCGUCUACGGCGAGAGUCACGCUAGCUAAACAGGCAGCAUUGCUCACAGCGCGAACGCUCACUCAAGUCCCUAUUUCCUUCGACUCUGUUCCACGGUUCGCAGCGACCCGCAGCAUCUCAUUCUCGGUUUCGCAUUCACCACACUCCUGCACGCACUCACAAAAUACCAACCCGCUGCAGGCUUUUAUUUCCUCUUCGCAGAAAUCGUAUCUGCAGGACACCUUGUAAAGAGUACCUACAUACAUGUCCAGAAAAGGCUUAAUCCCGCAAGCACGCAUGGCAUCAUUUCUUCCACCUAUUCAAGAGCACUAUUCGCAUGCACGACCGUUUUCAGCACCUGGCCCCUCCUUCCUAUUCCAUCCCAUGCCGUCACCUCUCACUCCCAAUUCACUCAGUGACCGUGUCUGCACAUCACCUGAAACCCGGUCCAUGGUUACGUGUAGCCAGCCACGGCCAUCUUUCCUCUUCGGAAGCAUGCAUUCCCGAUGCAGAACUCAUCCUUCGUCACUGACCACACCAAUGCCAGUUCCGCAUCUACAAUACCUCACCCCCUCGUAUCUGACCACUCAGUCGGGCCGAUCAGUUCUCGCAUUUACUGUGCAGGAUUUCUCCCCAUCGUCGGUCCGACUCACUUGCCUACAUCGUUCUUUAUUGACUUUCCGCCCGCGCACACCGAUCACUGUGUUCCCGCUCGGCAGAAAAGCCACGACGCAACUUCGCUGCUCAUAAACCCGAGUGCAGAUGGUUUGCAGGCGAAUGGAAUGCUGGCUGGCGAGUUGGGAGAAUGACAACCUGCACUCCAACCUGUAGGCUGGCUGACUGCGUACAAGGUAGUCGGGUAAACACCACGCCACAAAACCAUA